GUAGCAGACGACAGACGAAAGACAACGAUGAGGCCCAUUUCAAUUUUAAGGUCUCUUUGAGGCAGCCACUCGUUUUGUGACUUAAGCAUCGUGGAACUUCUUAUUUUAAGAGCUGCCGAACACCUGUACAUCAUAGUUGUCAACACUGUUUAAUUAACACUAUAAAAUGAAGCUCUUUUCUUGGGGUGCCAACUCUCAUGGACAGUUGGGUCAGGGCAGUAUUUCGGAAGCUUGUUGUCUUCCCACUGAAAUAAGUGCAUCUUGCAUGGAUCCAGCCUCUAUUGUUUCUAUUGUUGGCGGGGGUGGCCACUCUCUGGUCUUGGAUCGUUCUGGCAAUGUGUUUGCAGCUGGAUGGAAUAAUAAGGGCCAACUAGGACUGGAAGGUGAUGAUGUUACUUCUUUCCAAAGUGUACAAUCCUUACAUGGUUAUCGAGUCAAUCAAUUGGCUUGCGGCUGGGAUUCAAGUUCGGCUCUGACAUCAAACGGCUCGCUCUUAGUUUGGGGGUCCAAUGCCUAUAGCCAGCUUGGACUUAGUAAGCAGAAACUCAAAUCUACAAAAUCUCCUCAAAGAAUACCUGUUGCACGUGUAAAGCAGGCAUCACUUGGUUUACGCCAUUUGGUUAUUGUUUCUGAGGCUGGCAAAGUUUAUGCUUCUGGAGCUGGAAACAAAGGCCAGCUUGGAAUUGUGGAUUCUAGUGGACGUCCCCUCUCAGAGUCACAGAAUAUAACUCAAGUGCCAUUCUUAGAUGAUAUUGUAGGUAUAUCUUGUGGCCAGCAUCACAAUAUAGCGCUCUCAAAAAGUGGAAAAAUUUUUGUUUGGGGUGACAAUAGAUUUGGCCAGCUUGGUCUGGACCCAGCUAUUCAUCCAGUUGUAUAUACCCCUCAUGAGCUACAAAUUUCUUUACCAGAAAUUAAGGGACUUCCCUCUGCCUUGUUUGCGGGUUGGACGCACUCCGUUGUACUUACAGAUAAUGAGGAGCUGAUCAAUUGGGGCCGAAAUUCUUAUGGACAACUUGGAUGUGAUUCUCAGGAGAGAGUUGCGACAUGGGAUCCCUCUAUUCUUAGAAUGGAUGAAAAAUUAAGGCAGGUUGCUGUGGGGUCCGAACAUAAUGUUGUGUUAACAGAAAAGAGAGAUAUAUUAAGCUGGGGUUGGAAUGAACAUGGCAAUUGUGGGACUGGAGCACAAGAAAAUGUGCUGAAACCCAGUAUUGUGAGAAUGGAAUCAACAAAGAGAGCAACUAUGAUUGGAACAGGAGCAUGUCAUUGUUUUGUAGUUCUAGAUACCAAUUAAAUGAUUUUGAAAGAAA